AUGUUUUUCAGAAGUUGGUCGGGCCUCCCCAAGGAUGCCUCCUUUCCGAGAGAUCUCGCUGGUCUUGGCUAUUUUGUGAAUGAUGACGAUGAGGUCCGAUCUAUCGAGGACCCGGAGUGCUACUACAAGUACUUCAGCAGCAAGAACUCUCGCGUCAAUGAACGCCAGCGCUUCCACUUCAACAUGGCUCUGGAAGAUAUUGUCCAUGAUCGCCUUGAAAAAGAAGGCCUCAAGAAAUACCACCUUUUGCCCGAGAACAAUCGACAAUCCCCCGUCUUCCUCACCCCCAACAUUGCCAAAACUACCCGCAUCGUCGUCGUCCUUGGCGAACCAACUAAAGACCUGGGAUGGAUUGCUGGCCGCGUCGCCAAUGGGCCUGGUGGCCUUGUGAAAGGAACCAUGAUCUCUGUUGUUCAGGCACUUGCUAAGCAGGCUGCCAGCCCCAACGACCCGGAACCUCCUUGCGUUGUCCUGGCCAACAUGGGCCAGCGGUUCUGGUGGCCUGAAGAACAGCGAGCUCUCACCGUAGAAGCAUCAGUCGAUGUUCCACUCCCCAGUUUGGUGCACGCUGGGCGUCGUUUCAUCAAGGAACUCAAUGAGAUUCCUGGAAGCGAGACACCUUUGGCGCACAUGACGACUGUGCUCAACAAGGUUCUUGAAGUCAACAAGAAUGCCAAGGUCGACAUCAUUGCUAUUGGGCAAAGCUGCGAGGUUGUCUUGCAGUUCUUUGAGAACGAGAAGAACUGGGCGCGAUGGGGUGAGCGACUAGGCGGCAUGCUCUUCAUGGGUAGUGUUUUCCCAACAGAUUUGCUUGUCAAUGCUGAAUUCAAAGAGUUCCUAGCAAAGCGCACUCGUGGCUAUCUCAUUUCAGAGGAGCCUCUCGACACUCCCCUAGCCAUGCCCGGAGGAAACCCAUCACUCCUGAUCGAGCCCCUUGGCUGCCCCAGCUUCUCUAGCGGAGAAGACCAGUUCAUCGAAACUAUCCUCAUCAAGGCUCUCGAACCAGCGCUUGCUUACCUGCAGGAAGUGGCUCUUACCCCUAACUUUGUCAACCCCGACAUGGCUGUUGCAGAGCGUCCUCCAACCGACAUCACGGACGAGAAAUGGAGUGAAAUGCCAGAGGAGGCCAAGCCAGAGGUCAUCAGCGUUGAUCCCGAGAAGAUGAAGGAAGAAAUCAAGCAGAUGAGACGCUGGAAAAAGUUUACGGAGACUGGCCUAGCACCCGAUGAUGAUUCUGAUGACGAGGACUGA